AUGAAUGUUUUAGAUCGCCUUCAGCGCCGCCUGACCCGGUCCAACGAGCCGUCUCGUCCAACUAGUCGGACCUCGCAGACUCUAAUAAACACAGCGUAUGGUCAACAAAGUAGCACAACAAGUCAUUCUUGUGGACAGGUGCGACCUCAUAUUACCCCAGCGCAAACAGACGGCUUGAUCGGACUCAACCCAAACUCAUUGAAUCCGGGUUUUUGGCCGAGCGGCUCUAGUACAUUCACAGGAAAUCCGAGUAGUUCAUCUUGCAGCCGACCAACAACCUUGGGAAUGACCGGUUCAUCAGGACAAAACCAUGGAAUUCAAGGUGGUGGCGACCCCCAUGCCGUGACAACUUCAUCCUCGUGGCAGGGAAACGCUUCGGCCUACCCAAAUAUGCGAACAAAGCACAGCCCAUAUUUGCAGGAAGGCAUAGGUCCUAGCCAACCUGGUCCCACUCUAGAAGCGGGUUCUCUUGCUUUGCAUAAGCUUCUUGACCCUGCCUACACAAGUCGUGCGCAACCCUCUGUUUACUUUGAUCCUGUCGCAUCAACUCGCUUUUACGACCCUGACUGCCAUUUGCCACCUCAGCUGGCCCAGCCGCAGCAAAAGUAUCACUCAGCGGCCCCAACCACUGCGUUACCCUCGCAGCCGGCCGUCAGCCACCUUGAACGCCUUCUCGAAAUGGAAGCUAAGAAUAAACGUUCCACAGAAGUGGUCGGUUCUGGCCUACUUGGGCCAUCCGGCCGCUAUCCAUCACCCUCGGACCGACCAGGGGAGAUAGCUUCCUUGGACUCUGAUCCUGUUGAUAGUAACAGUUUUUCCACAACUUCAACCAACUCUAGCCAGUCUGAAAUAGAGGCUGAAGAGAAGCUGGACCAGACGACGACGGGCUGGUCUAAGAGACCAAUACGUCCUGAAGAGCAGUCUGGUGGGCAGCAUCGAUUGCAAUGGCAAAAGCCUUACCAACGCAUUCAUGGUGAAAUAUUUCCGUUUUCUAACUCUUCGAACGAGCAUUCCUCUGCCUCCCGAGCUGACAUUGAAGAAAUUCCAAUAUCACUGCCGCUGGAGUCCAUAAACUACCCUGAUCCCAGCCAGUCCGGCGAAGCCUUCAUUGGAGGUGCUUCCAAAGAUUGGGAUCAUAGGCUCUCAGGAUACGGUGCACAGUCACACUCGUCAGGCGAAAUUUCUAAACUCCAACACAACUUGCUUCCCGAUCAAAUGACUUCUUUGAUAACGACGUCCAAUCAGCCGAUUAUUUCGCGACCUUCCAUGUUGUACGCUAGUGCUACCUCAAACCCGGCCUCGUCAACCUCGUCCGGAGAUGGCUUGACCGGAGUAUUUAUACCUUCACGUCGUGUUCUUAUUGGCCCUCACCACACACAAACUGUAAUACCGAACAACCUGGAAGUUGGCCUGACCAAUGAAACAAGACCAAAACUGUUACCACUCUCUUCACAGGUCAGCAUCCCACAGCCACAACCUACGACGCAAAUACGGCAGCCAUCCGUUUGGCCGAAUUCAGAUAGAUAUACAGACCGGAUAGAUCAUUCUGCUGGGGUGGCCAAAGGUCCUGCAUCCAUGAACAGCUCAAGCCCAAUACAGAGUGGAAAUGAUUUAUUUUCAGUUUUUUUCAACCGGCUUUUUACACGUGGCUCUAAUCCCCAGUCGCCGCAACCGCUACACGUGCAUAACGACCACCGAUGCAACCAGACAUACCAACAGCCCCAACAGAACCAGACACUGUUUCAUUCUCGCUCAACUCCUGUCGCUUUUCCACAAUGUGUUUCGGCCCAGGCACAAACUCUGGGCUUCCAGCCACCAAACGACAGAGGCAAAUCCAGUGCUUCUCGAUGGGAAAGCCCGGCACGAAACAAUGCUCCGCCAGGUUUUCUUGCCGCUGUCAGCUCUGAUGAUGACUCAGAAGGAGCCUAUGACAAGGAAGAAGACGAAGAGGACGAGGAUGAGGAGGAACAUCAUAAUGCGAACCCAUGUCAGGACUCCAGAGAAGGCCAUCAUGCUUUGGAACAGCACACAGGAGAGCUAGAUGCAUAUCAAGAGGCUGAUGAAGAUGCCCGCAAUAAGCAUUGCUACCGAGAAGAUGGAAAUCCUAUUCACGGACAGCGUGAUCUUCCUCGUCAUGAGAAUGGGGCCAACGUCAAUUUCGACAGUCAGGAUAACACCGCGCCUGGUACACGGCCAACUGGAUCGGCAGGUACAGGCAGGUUUAGCCGUCGAUCACAGCGGCUGAGACGCAGCCUCAAUCGAGCGAAAGCUGCCCUUCCCCCAGACUUCGCGGAUAGGAUUGGCUUGGUCCCACUCAAUGUUUGUCUGGGGCAUAGCCGGACCAGCAUCAACCAGUUCCACGACUAUGAGACGGAAGUAGAGCGAGAAGAUGAAGAACUCGGAGAACUUGAAAUGGGAGGUGAACAUGAUAGCAGAAGUAGGUGCCAGCAUCAGGUGCGAGGAAGAGAUCUGGGGGAAGAGGAAGCAAAGGAGAGGGAUGAAAGAGAGGCUUUACAUGAGGGUGAUAAUGAAGUAAAUGGUAUCGAGGAGUCUACAGGGAUUGAAGAAAUGAUGAGUCAUAUCGACUUGUUGGGAGCAGGCGUUGGCCAGACGGCCGCCACAGGGGAAACGAGCAUAGAAGACUCGCAGACUACUACCAGCUCUGAGCAGGCUUCUGGACUGGAGGCUGACUAUUUUGCUGAAAGUAAGCCUCAUGAAACCACUGUGGGUAAUUAUCCCGGAAAGUCCAAUGCCGAAUUGGUGAAUGCAUAUAGUACAGAUUUAUACUCUGGCCAACGACAACAACAGCAUAUUCAUGACCAAUAUUAUAAAUCUGCCAAUCAUCUCAACAACUAUCACUACCAACAACAUCAGCGGCAACAGCAGCUACAGGUGCCGCACCAGUUAUUAGAAAGGAAUUUAUCCAGUCCGGAAGCUAACAUUCGGAGUUUCGACGAGCUAGAAGGACGAAACCGUAAUUCUGUGCGCAUCGAAAAGGAGAAUAUUGCGUCACAAGAGGGAAGGGAUGGAAGCAAUGAACGCAGAAAUGGGGGAAUAUUCGACGCUACUAGGAGAUUACGUACACACAAUGGCCGUGGUGAUGAGAUAUCUGAGAGGGACAAACAGAGAACUAACAAACUGGAUCAAACAAGACAUGAUUUAGCGGGAGCUGACGAAGAGGGAUCGGUCGAGGAGGAGCUUGUAUCUCCGGACUUUUUGGAUACAUGCUCCGGUUUAAAGCCUCGUGAGAAUGAGUAA